AUGCCAAAACCAGAUUCAGGGGACAGUGUGCCGGCUAUCAUUAUGGAUACUGUACUCCAGACCAACCUAACGGUGACCACAAUGGGUCACUGUGUCAAAGACACAUCAGUCCGAGUGAUUAAAGACUUUUUGUCACUUUUCUAUAUUAUGUCUCCCUAUGAGACCUCUUACGAUAACGCCAUCGAUGUUCCCGAUUAUGAAGUCAAUUCGGUUAUCGGGUUGACACCUGUGGUGGGGUUUCUGGUAAUCUUGGAACAAGUGAUCCGAUAUUUCCAACGCCAAGACUUGACACGUUUCCAGGAUUAUGUCAUUAAUGCCGGAUCAGCCAUACUAUUUACUCUCAUGCGGGUAUUCUUGUUGACCACGUCGGUGCACUGUUUCAACUGGAUAUUUACCAAUUAUGCACUGCUUGAUUUGCCAUUGCACUCUAUAUGGACCUGGCUAUUUUCGCUAUUGGUAAACUUUACACAAAAGCAAUGUUUCAAGAAGAAAUAA